AUGUAUUUCAAGGUCGUUUUAUUCGCUGCUAUUCUCGCCGUAGUCGCUGCGCAACACGGUCACCACCACGACCACCACCACGGUCACGCCUCCUCAUCACACAGCCUGCACCAGCACCACUCACAUGGCACCGAGAAACACGUCGAGUACUAUGGUCACCCUAAAUACGAGUUCUCUUACCAAGUGAAGGACCCUCACACACACGACAUCAAGUCCCAGCACGAAACGCGCGACGGUCACCUCGUGCACGGCGAGUACAGCCUGCACCAGCCAGACGGCAGGGUCAGGACUGUCAAGUACCACGCUGACCACAAGACCGGAUUUAACGCUGACGUGCACUACGAGGGUCACGCGCAACACAUCGUCCCCGAACACCACCACCACCAUCAUUGA